AUGAUUCUCUUCUCAAUUGCUCGAGUCUCACUCCUUAGGAGAAGAUCGGCCAGCUCUCUAACACGGCCGCUUCCGUUACUCGCCUGGGUAUACCUCCGUACGAGUGGUGGUCCAAGUCCUUACACGGUAUCGCCGAUAACGGUCCCAGCGUCUCCUUCAAGAGGGCAGGAGAAUCCAGGAGAGGAUUCGAAGCAUGUGCAUGAGCCUGCACAUGUUCGGUAUGAUGCCCCUGUAAGAAGCUUUACCGCUGAGCAGACAAAGGAAGCUUUUGAUAUCGCAAGAAACAGCAUUGAACUUCUUUCCACGGUCCUCUCCACUUCGCCUCAGUACCAUGCUUUACAGGAUGGCUUAACAACGACACUUGUACAACAAUGUCGUCAGUCUCAGAACACUGUCCAAAGAAUCAUCAAAACAGCAGGGGAAGUAUAUGCUUCCGCUGCUGCUCAGGUGAAGAAGGCCAUGGAGGUUACACAUUACUUGGGUGGUGAAAUUAGGGUGGUCGUGAAUGUUAUCAAACGCUCUUGAACACUGAUAUGCGAAGAGAGCUUGAUCAUCUGACCAGAUUCUUCAAAGCUGUUGUUGCUUACAAGAAGAAGAUCGGUUUCAACGGUAA